AUGUCAUCUACAACUCCAAAAGACAACUUCAAAAUCCUCGAAGCAACCCCAACCCACAUCCCCUCCUGCACAACAAUCCUCCCCCGAUCCUUCCACUCCCAAAACGCCUUCGUUCGAAAAUGCUUCCCCGACACACCUCUCGUGAGAACCUGGUGGACAAAAAUCUUCCUCGAAGAAAUCGCUUCCGACAACUGUCACGUUUUCAUCGCAGUCGAUGGAAACGACACACCUUCGACAAAAGUACUCGGAAUCCUAUGUAUGCGUCUCUUAGACGCAGAUGAUGAUUCCGCGGGUUUCUAUUCUUUGUACCCAUUCACGCCGGAUCACGAUGCGGAAAUGUUUCGGCCGGCGAUGGAUGCGAUGGUGGAAGGGCGGAGGAAGGUGUUUUUUGGGACGGGGAAGAGGCAUUGGUUGAUUGAGCUUUUGGGGGUUGAUGAGGGGUAUCAAGGGAUGGGGGUGGGGAGGAGGUUGAUGGAGAAGGGGUUUGAGAUUGCGGAUUUUAGGGGCGAAGAUGUGUUUGUUGAGGCUAAUGCUGGUGCUGUGGGGAUGUAUAUCAAGAUGGGGUUUGAGAGUCAGGGGAGUGUGGUUAUGCCGGGGGAGAUGAGGUAUGAGGAGUUUAUGCUUGUGAGGAGGAGGAAAGGAGGGAUGUGA